AUGGAACGAUCAUCAGGAUCUGUUAAGCGCGCGCGCGAGAGAAUACAGGCAUCCGGCCGGGUGCCUGCGCCUCGUCGAGCGCACCACAAUAUAGCUGGCGAGGAUGAUUCAGCAGGAAACUUGAAUCCUGCCCCCCGACAUCAUUUGCUUCCUUCAAAUCCACCGCCGCCUCCUCCUCCCGACCCCCAGUCACCACGUAGUCCUCAGCAGCGUGGCGCAGGUGGCUCAGAAAGUACGACCCGCGGUGCGAUGCCGAGGCCAUCGCAAUCUCCUCAGUGGCCGCUAUCGCCCAGUUCCCCCCUGGCUGCAGAAAUCUCACCUACGGCACAUCGCACCCAGAACCCUGCCUCGGGUCGGCAGAAACCGAGGCGAUCACCGCCUAGCUCGGAAACGCCUGAUGAUCAGGAGCAAAUUCCUGUCUUCUUGGAACUUCAGGAUGGCGAAGAAGGCCGCAAAGGAUUGGCUGACGACUCUCAGCCCCCGAGCUCCGCUAAUCCUUCAGGCCGACACAAAUCCCCGUCAGCCGGGUCAAUACCUCAAUUUCCAGAGCCCUCAAGUUCCGCGGUACCACCAGUUCCUCCAAAGCGGAGCUUAAAUCUCGGCCCUCCCCCUUCAAGCCGACGAGGGGCAUCUUCGUAUUAUUCACACAACUCAUUCGUCUCGCCUAUUCCAGAGGAGAACUCUCGGUCAGUAGGUUCAUAUGCAUCAAGCGCAGCAAUUCCGAAACGUGAUUCUUGGGGGUCUAUUUCCCCUCUCAGCAGCCCGAUAGAGGGGGAUGGCAACGGAUUCUAUGAGGCAUCUGUGAAGAGCAAGGAUUCGGGACUGGAUGAAUUGACCGACGAAAGCAAAUUAGUCCGCAGUGCAAGUAUAGGGAAAAAGGGGAAAGCUUCCUUGGUGGACAACAAGCGCACGCCAUCAGUUCGCUCGGCCUCGGUUGGAUCAAUUCUGAUUGCUCGUCCAUCGCCAACACCUGUACAAAUGCCGUUUGGUGAAGGCACUGGUUAUGUGGAUACCUCUACAAGCUCAUCGGACAACACACUCCACCUUAAGAAGGUGCUGGCAUCCAAUCCUGAGGUACAUAAGGCUACGGGUAAGGCUGGUCCUCCGGAAUCUAGAUCGGAUGUCCCUACCGGCCAUAUGCCAUCGCCGAGGAUGGCAAUUCCAGGCCAAUCUGCUGCAUCAGGGCGCCUUCCCGGCAUCAGACGACCGCCGAGACUCGAUAUCGAUGCAGUACGAGAUAUGGAAGCUCGAGGCAGUCUAACGAGCCUGCCUGAUUUAAUCCAGAGAGCUACAAGGCUGGCUGCGAUGAUUGAUAAAGGGAAGCGUCCUGCAAGCCGAUUUGAUUUGAACGACUAUUCUGUCUCGGAUGUGCCAAGCGGAUCAGGUAAUGGCCGUGUGCAGUCGGGUCUCUCGGAUAUGCUCGCAGCCUUUCCACCACCUGCCCAGCCUACUCCGACAGGCGGGCAAAGCCGUGGCUCUUGGUUCCGACAUACAGCGUGGCCAAAGGUCGAAACACAAGGUCAGACACAUGAUGCGAAUGACCAAUCGGGCAAGGGCGAGCACGCUGAAAAAGUGCCACCCAGAACAGCAGCCAGGCGUUGCUGCGGCAUGCCUCCAUGGCUGUUUGUGCUUGUUGUGCUGCUUCUCAUUGCCGUGGUGGCCGUGGCUAUAAUUAUCCCGUUGGAAUUUUUUGUCUUCAAGAAUUUGGGUAACCACCAAACACCCGAGGCGAGCUUGGACAAGUGCAAAUCAGAGCUUCCCUGUCUAAAUGGGGGUACUAAUGUCUUCAAUGAUAACGUGUGCUCUUGUCUUUGCACGAAUGGUUACACCGGCCACAACUGCUCAACCGCAGGAUCCGAAGGCUGCACAACGACCAACCUCGUAUCAUCGUCAUCGUCCUCAACAAUCGAAAACGUGACUCUCGGUACUGCGAUCCCCCGUCUGAUUCUUGAUUCUAAUACGAAUUUCACGAUCCCUCUGUCUGGAACGUCAAUUCUUGCUAAAAUCAACUCCGGAGACUUGUCUUGCAGAACCCAAAACGCCUUGGUCACUUUCCAAGGACGGUCAACUCGCACGGGCGACGACUCGGUGUCAAUCACAAAUAUCAGCGCUGACACGAACUCGAACGAGCGUCGCGAGGAGUCCGAAACAGCUACAGUAACAACAACCGCUCGAGCCGGGAAUUCACUCGUCGUCACGGCCUCGAUUCCUAUACCCACCAAAACUGCUACCAUUCAGCCGACUCUCAAGAGUGACUUGUUCAACUUGACUGAGGACACUCUUGAUUUUGCCCGUGUUGCGGUUCUCUAUGUUCUGCAGGAACAGAACGCGACCACGGCUGUCAACGCGCAGUCAUAUCUUCAGCGUUUCUUCACAAGAGCAAGCAGUACUGAGAUCAGUGUCAGUUAUGCUACCCAGUCUGAAGCUCGAAAGGUGGACAUAGGGGCAAAUAGCACAAUUAACUUGGUGGACUUUCGAUUGAACCUUGGAAAGGGGUCUGUUGGAAACUGA